AUGCCAUCACCCCAACCGAUUCCCGUGACGAGGGUCAUAUCACCAUCGCCGACGCCAACAGAAUCAUCCUCACGCGACAGCUACUUUGCAGGAACAACCAAAAAGCCCAACGGCAGAAUCUCGCCCUCCCAAGCUCCCAUCGCAGAGUCACCAGAGUCCUCGGAUCCGGAAAGCAGUCGUGCCAGACCGCGGAGUCGGAGUCCGCAAUUACACAGGAAGGAUUCGUCCAAAAAGAUAGCCAAGUCGAUACCCGAGCCCAUCAAGACGGAUGGGCACCUGGAUCCGAGUAGUGCGGGUAUGGGCAAGACUUACUGGCGCAAUCUGAGUCGUAGUCCGAGUCCGCUGGGCUUGAUCCCUCUACACCGUGAAUGGAGGAGCUUCAUCCACAGACAUGAGAUUCCGCGAAAGGCGCUGCACGUCUCGAUUGGCUUCUUCACACUGGGUCUUUUCAUCUCUGGUGCUCAAACAAGUGCUAUCCAUCCUCCUCUUCUUACCGCUCUGAUCCCCAUCUUCGCUGUCGACUUUCUCCGCAUGCACUAUCCUCCUCUAAAUCGCAUCUACAUCCGCACCCUAGGAGCCUUCAUGCGCGAAUCAGAAGCCCACGACAAGUACAACGGUGUCAUCUCGUACCUCGCAGGUGCCUGGGCAGUCCUCCGCUUCUGCCCCAAAGACGUCGCCGUCAUGUCCAUCCUCCUACUCUCCUGGUGCGACACGGCAGCAUCCACUUUCGGCCGUCUCUGGGGUCGCUACACACCACGCGUACGCAAGGGAAAGAGCUUGGCUGGUACAAUCGCUGCUUUCGUUACUGGUGUUGCUGCGGCUGUCGUCUUUUGGGUCGUUGUUGCACCGAGGAUACCUGCAGAAUGGAGUACGGGUGUCAAUGCCUUUGCUUUCGAUGGCACAUUGAGUCUGCCUCCUAUGGCCAGAAUUGCACUCGGUUGGAAAGAGGCCGAAGCUACCGUGUCUGGUACCGUCGCUACUGCUAUUGUCGCUGUUGUCUCGGGGCUGGUCGCUGCUGUUAGCGAGGCUAUCGACGUCUUUGGCCUUGAUGACAAUCUCACCAUCCCUGUGCUCUCCGGCAUUGGUUUGAAUGCUUUCUUUUAUCUCUUUGGAAACGGUUUGCGAUGA